AUGGCGGGUCUUCGGGAUGAUGAUUCAUGUGCUGGGUUGAGGAAGCUGCUCGCUGACAUUGGAGUUGGCGGCAGCCCAGCGGAAGAGAUCCAAAAGCGACACAGCAUUCUCUUACGGGCUGGUUCAUGGUCAUCUACUACAAAGCAAAACCGUCAGAAUUCCACGGCCCUCGCAGCACUAACGAUGCACCAUGCUUGCCCUGAUACCAUUGUGACAACUGAACAAGAUGACUUUGACGAGCAGGUCGAACGAAGCUGGUCAUCACGAGUCUGGGUCAAGCCUGGUGCUUUCUUUCGCCCCCAUAACGCUUCAGAAGUCUCCAUCGGUCUUCGUAUCGCUCGAUACUUCCACACACGAUUUUCCAUACGGAGUGGAGGCCAUUCUCCGCUUCAGUCUUUGGGAGAUGCCGCGUCACAGGAUUACAUUGUAUUUUCAUUGGAGCGUCUGAAUGGAAUCAAGCUUUAUUCCUCCACGCUCUUUGCGGAGGUUGGAACUGGUUGUCGUUGGGGAGAGGUCUAUCGAGCUUUGGAACCUGCUGAUCUUGCGGUAUCGGGUGGACAUUAUGCGGAUGUCGGAGUUGGUGGUUAUAUGCAAGGAGGCGGCAGCUCCUUCUUUCUCGGCAGUCAUGGCUGGUCGUGCGAUACCGUUCGCAAUUUCGAGGUCGUUCUCAGCGAUGGUCGAAUUGUCAACGCGAAUGAAGAGAGCCACCCAGAUCUGUACUGGGCCUUGAAAGGGGGCGCGAGUAACUUUGGGAUUGUGACCCGCUAUGGCAUGGACACAAUCCCUCUUUCUCCGACUUCUUCCUGGGGCGGCAAUCUGAUCUACGACUCUUCGCAAGUUGGGGCUUCCAUCGCAGCAAUCGCCGAGAUGCAGUCGAAUUCGCAUGAAACGGAUCCUGUAGCUGACGUGGCGUUUCUGGUCUUGAAGGAGCCGUGUACCGGGCUUGACAUUGCAGCAGCAGCGUUGUUCCACCCUAAUCACUCUGUUGAAGAAGCGCAUCAUCCAAAGGUACUGGAUCCACUGUUCAAUGUUCCCGCGACGCGAGACACGACCAGGAUCCAGCCUCUUGCCAAGAUGGCGGAAGAAGCAGGAGCUGGAUUGAUCUUCAAGAAAGGUAACAGAUACAACUACGGCCAGAUCACCGUUGGUGUUGACGCAAAGCUGUACGCUGCAAUCUAUGAACGCUGGCGAGUUCAUUACGCUUCUUUGGAGACUAUCCCAGGUAUAUGUCUAACUUUGAGUUACAAUCCAAUCCCAGCAAAAGCGAUAGUCGCCUCGAGGACCCGUGGAAGCAACCCUUUCGGCAUCAAAGAGAUUGCACAGUGUCGCAUCGGGUUGGACCACGGCUGGACGCGGGCAGAAGAUGAUGAAAAGGUGCUUGCCGCCGAUGUUGCGUUCUUGAACGACAUCGCGGAUCUCGCGCGUAGUUACGGCUUGUUGCAGGAAUACAUCGGGAUGAACAAUGCUGGCGAGCAUCAGGAUGUCAUGGGUCAUUAUGGAAAGGAGAAUUUGGAACGAAUGAGGAAUGUUUCGAGAAAGUAUGACGUGGAUCAGGUCUUUCAGGAGCUUUGUGCUGGGCCGUUUAAGUUGAUGAAGAGAAAUUGA